AUGGACACCGCAGCGCGAAAUUUGCGCGGCUUCGUUGAGGAUGUCCAGUCACCAAGUGCCGACUUGUUGGAUUUCCCCUCACCAGCAAGCGACCUUGAAAUCUUCACGCCAGGUGUUGGCUCAUUGUCUUCGACGGCAAACGUGACUCCUAACUCAUGGCCAGAUGCUGAUGCGUGCCUGCCUUCUGCAACAUCCGCAAUUCCCGACCCUGUAGAGCUUCAGACUUCACUCUCACCAACUCACGAAUUCGAACAGCCAGGUCUCGGCUUCGAUACUUUCGUAGGCACUCGAGUGGCACCAGCCCCUACCAGCCCACAGCCAUUGCUUCCAUCGAAGGUCGGAGAGGACCUUCGCCUACCAUCCUUUGCACAACUGGGAAUAGCUGCCCCGCACUCUGAGUCAAUCCGUCCAUUACUUGUGCGCAACCCUCAUUGUUGCCUUGGCGUCGACAACUCAGCAGCGUCUUCCAUCGACAUUGGUGACAAGAAAGGACUGACUGCAGGUGCUCGCGUUGGCGAUGCCAUGCCUGAACACGUAGACGCGAUUCAACCCGUGUCUUCACCCUCAGUGCAACCAAGAUCACCUCUACACAGCCCGGUGCAUCACUAUGUGGUGACAACUCUCACCCCUCCCGACGACACUGGCAGAAUAACGUGGGGACCAGUUACUCAGUUCGCGGCAGGGGCAAUGUCAUCUCCUGCGGCUAUCGGCGAAGGUCCAGCCCCUGGCAUCGAGGCUCCAAUCGCAUCGGUCGCGAGUGAAUCAACAAUUCCGGCUAUCAAUGUACGAGGUUCAAGCCCCUUAGAAGAGCCACCGCGACCGUGGCUAAAGAAUGCUAUAUCAAUCAUCCUCAAGAACAUUCGCUCUGCAUCCAGCGCCUAUGAAGAUCCUAUCAAGGUUCUUUCGCACGCAUUACCAUGUCCAUCGACAGAAGGCCACGCAUUUCCCACCAUCAUCAGCUCUUUACAUGACGAGACUCCUCAGUCACCUACGUGUUGGAUCAACGUAUUCCAUGCACUUCCAGGCAGAUUCAACCUAGCAGAUCUUCCCACAUCACCGCCUAGUACUCCCGGACCUCCGAUCGGCGGCGACGACUACUUCACAAGCAAAGUGUUCGACUCAGCUGUACAUAUACUCGACUACGCCGACAACCUGAAAUCCCUUCCGCAAUCUCCUCGGCCUGUAGUGCCACCGUCUUCGGUCGACGUCUCCAUUGUUGAGCGCUACAUCCCUCCUACUAACAAAAACGAGUUUGCAGACAUGUUUACUACGCGAGGUCCCUCCUUGCUUGUAGACAGACUGGUCGAACUCUCACCCGACAAUGGCACACUCAUCUUCAUCUAUCCUACAAAACGAGGAGCGCAGACAUUCGUAAAUCACUAUCUCGGGCCCGUUCUCGACCCGAUCCUUAGAUCUAUGGUCGUCGUCAAUGGAAUCUCGUCCGAUAUGGGCCAGCAAUUAGGCAAGAUGACAGCUGUCGAUGAGUUGCCCGACCAUGAGACCAUGAAGAGGAAGAUAGUUCAACUCUGCUCCUCAUUGAGCCAGUCAAGUCCAGGCAUGGAGCGCUUCCACAGGGUACCCACCAACUUCGAGCUGUUGCUUUCCUCCACCGAGGAGGUGAAGCUGGAUCGCAAGAUUUGGUCUCAGGACUGGUGGGCCAAACAGGAAAAGCCACGUAUCAGGGAUAUUAUCUCGCGCUUCUUCCGCAAGGUCAAUCGAGCACAAGAAGACCAGACACCCGUCGCGCUGGUACAUGAGGUUCUGGAUGGCGUUGCACAAAAGGCAUACCCAGAGGGGCAUGACGAACAAUCCGGAAUCGAGGUCAACGUGUUUGUCAUUUCGAGAUCGAGAUGCGCAAAGUGA